GGCAGUAUUGCCCUGCGCUCGGUCCCUUUCAGUGAGCCAUUCGUCACGGUCAGAGCCGCUAUCUGGGCGGGGAGAAAGAAUCCCAGCCAACACUCGCCAGAGAACACACAGAGAGAAGCUGCAAUUCAAAGCUGAGGACGCAUACGGGGGAAUAUUUAGAAAGAACAGAAGACAUAAGCAACGUAAUUAAGGCAACCCUAGUUUUUUCCUCCGGGAUUCAACCAACUCAUACGGUUUAUUGUAGGUUCAAGCUCCGGUGUGACGAUUUUACCAGUUUAACUUCUGUGUUUUGGAGAGAGGAGACACAUUUCUGCUUCAUUCGUGGCUUGUAAACGGAAUGAAUGACCAAGACAAAGGUUGACACCGGUUCCCCGACGCAUUUUGUCUCGAGGCAAAAGCAGAAAAUGGAGAGCUGCACCGGCGCACUAGCGCAGCCCGAGCAGCAGCCGCCCGAACAACCGUUACAUGUCAACGACAAAAAGAAAACACACAGGGCACCGUCUCCUGCCAGACCAAAAGAUGUGCCCGGAUGGUCCCUCACUAAAAUCCGCGGAGGUAUCGGCACGCCGACGCUGAGCGUUAAACCGGGAGCCAUACAUUUAGGCGGCGGCCGCGUGUCCAGACGCAGUCCGGUUGCCGUGAAAGAAGCGAAAGCAGAGAAGAGUAGUAAACCAACCGGCAAAUCGGCGGCGGGUGCGCAGAAGACCGGCGCAAAGUCUAAUAACAGCAGUCGGAGAAAAGUUUCGGACGCCAGCAUCGGAUCGGAUGAUUUGAGCAAAGACUCCGGCUGCGCUCCGGGGAAACUCUCACCCACGGACAGCAGCUCGGAGCUCUCGGAUUGCGCCUCGGAGGAAAACAAAGUCUCCACAGACGCACUGAGCAGUGACACUGAGACCAGCAGCCGUGGCGGGAUUGAGGGGGACAAAGCGGGAGCAGAACAUGGACUAUCCAACAAGCGCGCUCGAGCCAAGACCAGCGUGGAGAAGGACCGGCUCUCGCUGGGAAUGGAGACCGGAGAGGGCAGCAUCUCUCCCGGCGACGAGCGCUCGCUCACCUCGUUCGAUAGCAGGAUGCCUGCCAGCACUUCCUUGGCGUUUUCAGACCUGACUGAGGAGUUAAUGGACGGGAUGCAUGAGGAAUUAGUCAGGGAAAUUGAAGAACUAAGAUCGGAGAAUGAUUAUUUAAAGGACGAAAUGGAGGAGCUCCGGUCUGAGAUGCUGGAGAUGAGAGACAUGUAUAUGGAGGAGGAUGUUUAUCAGCUUCAGGAGCUCAGACAGCAGCUGGAUCAGGCAAACAAGAACUGCCGCAUCCUGCAGUACCGCCUUAAGAAGGCAGAGAGACGCAGCAUCCGUGUGGCUCAGACCGGACAGGUGGACGGAGAGCUUAUUCGCACACUGGAGCAAGACGUCAAGGUGGCUAAGGACGUGUCCAUCCGUGUCCACAAUGAGCUUGAUGCUGUGGAGAAGAAGAGAUCUCGUCUGGAGCAGGAGAAUGAGGAGUUGAGGGUGAGGCUACAGGAUCUGGAGGUGGCCAAACAGGUCCUGCAGGUAGAGAUGGAGAAGACCAGAGAGAACGCUUUGAAGAAGAGGGCUGCAAGGCCAAACAAUAAACCUGAUAAAAAAGCAUCACCUCAGCCUCCAGAGGACAGUUCCGACCUAAAAUGCCAGCUCCAUUUCGCCAAGGAGGAGUCAGCCCUCAUGUGCAAGAAGCUCACCAAAAUGGUGAAAGACAAUGAGGCCAUGAGGGAGGAACUGGUGAAGUAUCGCUCUGUCUAUGGUGAUGUUGAUGCCUCUUUGACUGUCGAAGAUGUUGCUGACUCUCCUCACACUCGUGAGGCAGAAGUCAAAGUUCACCUAAAACUAGUGGAAGAAGAGGCAAACCUUCUGAGCCGACGAAUUGUGGAGCUAGAGGUGGAGAACCGUGGACUUCGUGCCGAAAUGGAUGAUAUGAAGAUCCAGGAAUCCCCAGGUGGGGUUGGCAUCCCAGGAGGAGUUGGAGGUCAUCUUCUGCUUUCCUCAUCAAAUGAGAAUGUGAUGGAGCUACAGCGCCAUCUACAGUUUGUGGAAGAAGAGGCAGAGCUGUUGCGGCGAUCGCUGAUUGAAAUGGAAGAGCAGAACAAGCUCUUGAUGAACGAGCUCAAUCACUACAAAUCCGAGCUUCCCGCUGUCACUGAGAUUGAGCCAACCGCAACCAUUACGCCACCCACAAUCAUUUAUGGAGCUUCUGAAGAUGGAGGAUCUGGUCCAAAUGAAGCUGCCUAUAAAGAAUUGCUGGCUGCCAGGCUGCAGAUUGCAGAGCUGAAUGGAAAGGUAAAGAAGCUCCAGUAUGAGAAUCGAGUGCUUCUCUCCAACCUCCAACGGUGUGACUUGGCCUCCAACCAGGGCUCUGAACGUCCAGCACUUGAGACUGAUGCUGAAGCAGGGGACUCAGCUGAGUGCGUCCCCAGCCAAACGCAUCGCGAGGGGCCGGUUGGGGAUGAGCGAAUCAAUAUUUUUGGGGAGAAGAAUCAGAAAGUUUCAGGAACAAGACAUAUUCAUAAUUCUCAGUGCCUCAGCAUUAAGGAUCUUCUCGCAAUCCGCGACCAGGCUCAACUCGUUUCCUCAGCCAUUCAGCUUCUUACGUCACCCGACUCCACCUGCCUCUCAGCAGAUGUCAUCUAUCACAAAAUCACAGCCAAUGAGUCUGCAGAACCAGUUCUUUUGGAGAAGAUCCAGACACAGGGCUCCACGCUACCUUUGGUGGAGGCCCUUCAUGGGAGACUGCAGUCCCUUCAGGCUCAGCUGCAGGCCCUCAGUGAGAGGGUGGAUGCUCUGGGGCAGUCUCCCGAGAGGGAGCAUGUGGAAGGGUUGUCCCAGUUGCUCCUGCUUUCCGAGUGUGGGGACCCUGCAGUAAAUUGUUCAUGCCCUGCAGAUGCUCAGGUUGACCAGAUCACAGUCCAUCAAAAGCCUGACUCUAGAGACCAGCCAGACUGUGAGAUCAAAGUUCACCCAUGCAAGGCAGAGAAGGAGAGCAGCAGCCACAAAGACAGCAACAAAGAUGAAGAGCCUGACUUGAAGGAAACAAACGCUGAUCUGCUGUCAGAGCAGGUUGGUGAGCUGCACGCUCUGUUGUCAGAAGCGAGAGAGAAAGCUCAGGGAGCACAGGAAGCACUGUCACAGGAGAGACAUGCACGCCACACUGACACGCAUAAACUCUCUCAGCUUCAUGAAGAGCAUCAGAAGGCCCUCCUCCGUCGAGACUUCCAGCUGCAAAGUCUGAGUCUACAGACGCGUCUACAACAGAAGCUGUGGAGUCAGGAGAGGAACCUGCUGGUGCAGGAGUCACAGCAGCUCAAAGAGAGUCUGCUGCUCAUCAGCCUCAAACUGCGCUGGCUCCUGAAACAGUGGAGAAUCGGCAAGAAACUAGACAUAGAGGGCAAAGAUAUACUGGAGGUAAACAGUGUCAAGGAUCUCCGUAUUUUGCUUGAGGAAGAUGGACUUUCUUCUCAAUAUGGAGACAACAAGAUGUCGGCUGCUGAGGAGCAACCACCCAAAGAGUACACCAUCACAGAGAAAAGCUGCACACAGCAGCCUAGCGGUUUUGGCAGUACUCUGUCGGACCUGAAGGUGGCGUUACAGGAUCUUAGCGCCGAGCUGCGUGAGGAGCAACAAAGUUCACAGGAGCUAACGCAGCAGUUUGCCCGUGCUAAAGCAUCAUGGGAAGUUGAGCGGAUGGAACUCAAGAGCAUCAUCAUUCAGCUGGAGGGGAAAGUGGGGAAAGCUUCUGUGACUGGGGGUGAAAAGGAUUCUCCAGAUCUCAAGGGGGCGCUGAAAAAGGAGCGAGAGGAGCAUCAACACCUGCUGGCAGACUCUUACGCUGCCGUGAUGGACCUCACCAAACAGCUGCAGAUUAGUGAGAGGAACCGGAGUCGAGAGAGACUAGAGCUUCUGGAGCACUUCAACCAGGAAAGAAGCCAAUGGGAACAGCAUUUAAGAGAUGCCCAGAGCAAAAGCACACAGGCUCUUUAUGAUAAAACCUCAGAGAAGGAAACAUCAGCGGAUACAGCCACCAACAGCUUUGCCUUACAAAGGACCAAGUCAGUUUCCGCCCUCUCUGAAUUUAAGAGUCUACUGGACACCAGUCUCUUCCUUCCUGAACACAAUGUAAACGGUGUACAAGAUGGAAAUGUUGGGCAGCACCAAUCCACUGCCCAUUUGUCCCUGCUGGCUCACACUGAUCUGAGUGACCUUAACGAGAAGAAUUGGAAGUACCUUACCAGCGAUUAUGCCAUAUUUGAGAAGGGCGACCAAUUUAAGACAUGGGACUGCCCGAGAACCAACUCCAACAGCAGCUUCCCAGGACUGGAGCUGAGCAAGGAGUACAUCCAAAGAAGCUACACCGCUCCAGAUAAGACAGGCAUUCGCAUCUAUUAUAGUCCUCCAACAGUGAGGAGAAUGGAGAGGAGGCCAGUCAAGGAAAAGGCUCAGCAGGAGCCCCAGCAUGGAUUUGCGUCAAGGGAUAUAGACAUGAUGGAUGCAUCAGGUCAAACCUCUGAAUCUGCACCCUUAUCAACCACUUCCUCAUUGUCUUAUGAGCAAUGGUUGAGUUCACUUUCACAGCAGCAUAGAGACCUACUUGAGGGACAAACGGGAGGUUCCGCUCCAUUCCAUGGACUGGAGAUUUCAGGCAACCUUAGUGAUGACAUGAAGGAGAUGACCAACUGCGUGCGACAGGCCAUUCGCUCCAGUUCCCAGGAGAGGAAGUGCAGCAAAGAUACUGGGAGUCAAACUGUGGGUGUUUCUAGCACAGGAACGCAAACAGCACAGUUUGUCAGCAUUGGCCUACAAACGGAUGGCCCCAUUCCAACAACUAGAGGCAUUCAAGGGAAAGUGUGGUCUCCUCGUCCAUCCACCUCACUUGCAUCAUCACGGUCCCGACAAAUCUCAUCAUCGCUGGAGAAAGUCCACAGUCGCAUAGAUAGACCCUGUUGCUCACCCAAAUAUGGCUCACCCAAGCUUACCCGUAGGAUCUCCACCUCCUCCUCUAAACUUGAGACCUCCUCCACAUCCUCAAGGGAACGCAGUGUCUGGAAUCUCCAAAACCGCAGUGGAUCACAGAAUGGUUCUGCAUGGGCACGUUCCACCACCACACGUGACAGUCCAGUGCUUAGCGGCCUCAACGAUGGCUUGUCCAGUCUUUUCAGCGUGGUGGAACACUCCGGAAGUGUUGAAUCCUUAUGGAAAGCAGAUCCGUGUCCAGGAAGACAAGCCGCUGGGAAACCCUCCUGUCCUAGCAUAGGAAUUGGUCUGGGAGAAACUGCAGCUCAGAAGCAUGGAAUGGUCCAGGAGUUUUUCCGCAACGUUUGUGGCAGGACAGCACCAAUGGGCACCAUGGACGAACCAAAACUUGAAAGCCUCCCUGGAUCCUUGAUUGGAACAGACAACAUUACGAAGAUCGUCAAUAAGAGGUUUAUGAAAACACAAAGAGAUGAGAUGGUAGCCACUGGAAAGGACGCAAUGAGCAUAAGUUCUAGUACCCUGGAGGAUUCCUUUUGUGACUGUACCUCACAAACCCUCACUACCUGUUUUGCCCGUCACUCCCGCUCUACCACGCGACACACCAAUGGUCAGUGUAGGCACCGUCUGCAAGAGUCAUCAAUCACGACUGAAGAACGAUUUGAUACCAGUAACGAGUGAUGGGGAUGGGGAUGGCUUCUGUUGACGCUUCCCAACAAGUAUACAGAAUACAAAAAAACUAUUAACACUCCCAAAACACUCAGCCUUGCACAUUGCCACACAAACAAACUGCCACAUACGCCAAUACACACAGACACACCUCAAACCAAACACAUACAUAUUACUUCACACCUUUCAAAAUCCACAAAACUUUUUUCAGAACAAGACCUCAGUCUAACCAGCACACUUUAAUGCCAAGGAAGGUGAGGGAGCAUUGACCUCCCCUUUAGGUCCACCAUUCCACUCUCAACCAGCCCGAUUCUCUUUGUUAUUCCAUCAUUCCAGAGUAAGCCAGCCAGUCCUGCCUUUGAAGUCCACUAUCCCAUUCCACAGUCAACCAGCCAGACCUCUCCUUAAACUCUGCCAUUCCACUGUUCUUCAUCCAGCCAACAGAACAGCUUACCUUACCUUACCAUUUCAGUCAACUUGAGACAACUUGACAAAUCCAAGAUGUUACCAGGGAUAAAGUUUCAGUAGAUAUAAAGGGAAAUGCAGCUGAAAGAACCUCAACAUGGCUUUCAGUAAGAGGAAAGGUUACAUCACAACUGCCCAACGACCCAUAUUCCUGCCCUCUGAUAGCUGUAAAAUUGUCCUGUCACCAGCCCUUGAGGGGUUCAACAAGUUCACUAUAAAACUCAGCAUUUCAAACAUCUAAAAUGGACUGCCUUUGCUUUAGAUAGUCUAGAAAAAAGUUUAUUCUUUGGAAGUGUUAUCGUCUAAACACAACGUGGUCUGAAUUUUUUCUUUUCCCAACUGUCCAUUUUCAUUCCACUGACAAUCAUCAAUCAUUGAAGCCUCUUUCAACCACUGUACAAAUUACCUGGGACAACUGUCAUUAUCAAACCAGCCAAAUAUGAAACUUUGAAUCCACUCCUGGACCAGAUCAUAUGAUUGAUUAUACUGAAUUGGGAAUCUGUCCUUUUUAAAGACUUAGUAUGCUGUCUGAAAAUGUCUACGGAGAGCACGUUGGUAGUAGGGAUUUGCACGGAUAGUCGUUAUUCGGUUAACUGUUUGACGCACCUGUAUUCGAAUACCAAAAUUACUAUUUGGUUAUUCCAAGUGCACUAGAGGUAUCCGAGCUCGACGGUACCCAACAAACCUUCGGGUUCUGGGCCAGGUUCGGGUUAGUUUUUCAAGUAUAGGGUGAGUUAGGGGCUGUUCACACGUGUAUUUGCAUGCGUUUGCGCUGUUUUUCCAUAGUUUUUCUAAACACGCUUGACGGACAUCUUGCACUGUUGCGGCAAAUCUCUUUGACCGCUGUGCCCGUUGUUUUUUUGGCAAAGUUUUAGUGCUUGAUAAAUCAAUGUUUUUUCCUUUUUGCUGUGGUGUGCAGACAAUAAUUCCACAAGUUAAAUGUUAAACCAUUUAAAAAUCAAAGCAUCCUGAAGUGGCUAAUAAACCAUAGCAUUGUAACUUCAUGCACAUGACAAUACUAGCGUUUGCCCGGGCAGAGCACAUAUCAGGUUUGGCCUUACACAUAUUUACAUAUUUUCCAUUGUUUAAGAAAAGUAUGCUGCAGGUAGUGACAGUUUGAUUAUUUUUGUUUUACUUUAUUUUGAGGGAUUUUUAUCAUUUGAAGAUCUAUGUAUUGUGCUGUUUAAGCUCAUAGCUUAUUGUGGACUUUAUUCCCUACUAUUUUGAGUAGUGUUUGAUGCAUAUCCAUUCCCGACUCCCAACAAAUAGCUGAAUAACCAUUUGUGAAUCUUCAUGAUAAACUGAAUUUUACAAACGGUUACCGUGCAAAUCCUUAGUUGGUAGCUGUAGAGUAGGAAGAUCAGUUGUUUUGUUUGCUUUGGUACUUUGUACCAUAAGUGUGUGAACAUUAGAGCAUUAACACUGAAAUCUCCAUUCCCUGACUAGGAUAUCCACAUGAAUUUUAAAGUUUAAAGUAAAUUUCUAUGCUUGUCCCCCUCUUCUAUAGAAGACAUUUUGCUGGGUCUGUCUUUCAUAAACUUCUUCUUUAUGUUCAGUGUGUCUACCUCUCCAUUCUCUGCCAUCGUGCUGAAAUAAUCCUAACAGACCUUAGUCAGGGUAGAUGCCUUAUUUGACGUGAAUGAAUAAGAGGCUGUAAGUGAAAUGUUUAAAAUGAUGUACACUCUCUGGACAGGCUUAGAGAAAAAGCUGCUUUUUUCUACAUAUGGUGCUGGGCACACAUUCAUGAGUGCCUCCAUGUUGAGAUCAUUAUGCUGUCUAACUUGACUAAGGUCCAUAAUCCUAUUUUGACUUAUUUCUAGACCCCAUUUGAAAGCCUCAUACUUAGUGACAAAAUACGAAUUACACAGAUAUCAGAUACAUAAACAGAGAUAUGUUUAAGACUGAAACGUUGAAUGGAAAUUGGCCAUAGUUAUAUUUUGAGAUUAGUGAGAUUUAAUCAGAUAAUCCAAAAAUAUAAUCCAUAAUCUGACCGUUUGUUCAUGUAGCUAUGCAGUUAUUGUAAUACGAGUGUGUGCCUCCCUAUAGCUGCCCCUACAUCAGAGUCGAUUCUCGGCGAGUAUAUUUGGUAAAGUGUUUUCUCCAAUCUCCAGUCGGAGUGGUGCUGCAAAAACUAAAGUUUAGUACGUUUUAAGUGCAUUUUUGGGCUUUGAUGACAGCACAUUAGAGGAAACAUAUUUGCAUGCAUCUCUCAAGCAAUAAGGACAUGAUGGCUCAGCUCUUUUAUAAAUAGGGCAUUAGUGGAUAUUCAGAAUAUUAUCACUUUUUCCAAUUGUUCAACGUUUGGCCUUGUCAAAAAAAAAAAAAAAAAAAAAAAGGUCAGCCUGUAAUAUCCCAGUGUCUCCUCUUUAUCCGUCAAAGCCUCGCCAUACAUCCCUCAGCUACCUCUUAACUUAAAACUGUAUCUUAUACUAAGCCCAUUUAUGUUUUAUUUUGAAGGUCACUAGAGUGCCUUUUGUUAUUAAAACAACAGGAUAUCUGUUAGGAGUAAGUCUCUGAGGAACUGCCUAUUGACUGCAAUGAAAUAACAGAUACUGUUAGCUACUGAAUCCGUCCAUUUCUUUAGUAAUACAAAAUAUAAGGCAAAGUCUGUUUUUACAAAAUUAAUUGAAGUGGAAAUCCAGUCUUUGUAUAUUUUUUGAUUAUGGAUGCCAAAAUUCAUUUUAGGGCACACACUUUUAACAUUGAUCACACUUGAAUUGCGAGUAAGAUCUGACAUUAAUGUGAUCAGCCCUACCUUUCUUUAUAAGACAUUUUUAUCCUGUUUCAAUGUUCCAUGAAUUAAGUCUGAUAUUGUAGUUUUGCUCACAGUACAAAUCAGACAAAAGAUGUACCUUUCCUUAAAGUGUCCCUUAACCGGCCAGACAUCAUGUUCAUGUGUCUGAGCUUGGUCAGAUGAUCUCUAAGUUACUCAGACAGGGGGAAUGACCAUAGCUCAGGAGCCAAACUCUGAGUGCUCCCAACCACAGUCUAUUUCAAACCCCACUGAUGGGUUGAGAAAGGAAAAUAGUAAUGUACCCCAAAUUUACGAGAAGAAUGUACAGAAUAUAGUGACAAUUGGACACACUUCUAGAGCAAUUAUUAAACCAUUAACAGCUGUUUUACUACUCCUAUUGUCUUAAGAAACUGCACUGCUCUUUUGUCCUUCGGGUCAUUUUUGACCUGUAAUGCUAAUUAUUGAUUAGUGUUAAAUACCCCCCUUAAUGAAAAUCUGUUUUGUGUUUAGUGUAUAAUGAUCGGGAAAAAAUUUUAUAUAUUGAAUAUUUGUGGAGUAAAAAUCACUUUUAGCAUUUUAUAAUAUAUUAACUAUAUUACAAAAAUUUCUUAUUUAUUUUGCUUGUAGAAAUCAACAGUGUACAUUUUAAAGUUACAAUUUUAGUGCAUGUCUAUUUCACAAAUUAAUCUCUAAUGCCUUUUCCAGCAGUCAAAAUGGGCCCACUUUGAAUGUCCAUUGCAACAAAUCCAUUCCUUUCCACUAAUGUUAAACAUGUUGUUUCAGCGUUACAUGGUUUUAAUGGUUCUUUCUGCCAUAUAAUGUUUAAGGAGAAAAUAACAUCCAACAGGUCUUUUACCAUAGAGGGGCCUUUAGCCCCAUUGUACUGUAUCAUAUAAAAUCAUGUUAGUUAACUUUUUUCUUAUUCCUAACAUAUAACCUGUUCAAAACUGUAACAAAUUUGAGAAAUGUUUAAUAUUUUGGGGUCAAAUUUUAUUUAUAGAUAUACAAAAAAUUAUUUAAAUCUGUAUAACAUUCAGAAAGUCUGAAGGUGAAAGGUGAACUGGUUCUUCCCAUUCUGGUCAGAAUUGACAAUGGAAGACAAUGGAAGGAACAUUUAGGUUGAAAUGUUCUUUUUCGAAAACAAUUAUAUAAUUGUUAUUUUUUUAAUGGUCUUGACAAAGUUACAACAUUUGGUGCAGUUUUUAUAAGAUACUGUAUUCUUUACCUGUCCUGGGACAAAAAUGACCCUAAGACAAUAGGAGGGUUAAAGGUCAUGUUGUUGGUGGUUUUAAAAGUAAUGAGAUGUUUUCAUGGGAGCAGCUCUCUGAUUGGCCUUCCCAUUCACCAUACUGAUCUUCAUUACCCUCAUGUCAUCAUAUCACCCUGUUCUAAUGCCUAGCAAUAUAUAAAACACCUUGUCGCUUAUUGUUGUUAAUACUGUUUGCUAAGUUAUUAUAAAGAGAAUGAGUGUACUGUAUAUUUCUUUUUUCUUUUUUUUUUUUUUUUUGUCUCCAUUUAGAAUCUUGAAUUUUAUGAAAUGAUAAUGUCGACAGAUAUAAAACAAGAAACAAAAACCUUCCUAUAUGUUUUAACUUGAAAUUAAAUAUACUGUACAUAAACAUUUUUUACUCUUUCUAUCCUCGAAUAAGAAACGUUGAAUGUCUCUGCCAACUUUAAGCUUGAAUAAUGUACCUUUCCUCCCCUGAGUAAAAACUUGGGAAGAUUUUGUGUAAAUAGAAACAUUUUGAAGAUAAAAUAAAAGUGCUGAAAAUUU